CACGCCAAUGCAAAACGUGAAACGUGGGCUGGUUUGACUGUACCGAUCAGAGAACAAGGAAGCGACAUGUGCUGACAAUAACCCUGAAGUUUUAUAUUCAGCAGUAGCAGAGAACAUAUCGACCAGACCGUCUACUAUUGUGGAUGUUAACAAACUUUUAAAGGAUGAAACGAGAGGUCAAGGCAGGGGUGAACUUCCUGAAGCGCCUUGCCAUGGAGCGAGGGGGGCUGGGCGAACAUAAAGCAGAGGCCUUUGCGGAGAAGCUACGGGAGCUUCUGAGUGACAAAUACAACGAGCACUGGUACCCCGACAACCCCAGCAAAGGACAGGCUUUUAGGUGUGUCAGGAUGAGCGCGGACAUGGUGGAGUGUGACAAGGAGGUCCUGAGGGCUUGUGUGGAGAGUGACCUCCAACUCAGCCAGCUGGGCCUACAGAGGGAAGUCACCUUGUGGAUCGACCCUCUGGAGGUGAGCGCAAGGUCAGGAGACAACAGCAGGUACUUCACCGUCGCUCGUUUCAACGAGGGGGAGGAGGAUCAAGUGGAGGAUGUGAAGACAGAGCGGAGUGAGGACUCCGCAACAUCGGACUCUGGGAAUCUGGACACGUCCGACUACCACUCUGCCACCUCGUCUGACUGCGGCUCCUCCAUGUCCAGCGACACAGAGGAGGACGGGAAGGACGGAGAGACCGAGGCAAGACCAGACAAGAAAGACAAGACAAAGGACAAGACGGAGAAGGCGGAAGGCACGCUUGGUACGAUAACCAUGGUACCUAGACCACGGGGCCGCUUGCGGAAUCAACAUAAGUUCUCCCCAAAAAUGGCCCCGACAACUAUGCAGUACUUUUAUCACCCGGGACCUGUUUGGCCUCAGUACAAGAAGAAGGGCCCUGUCUUCCUCACCACAGUGUGUGCACCUCCACCCCCACCCCCAGUAUUUGGCUACUAUGUUAUGCCUCAGCCCUCCCCACAGUUCAUUUUGCCCCAUGCCACCCUUCAGCCAUGGGGUGCUGUUAUGGGCUAAACCAAAACGUAAGACGGGGGUGGGAGAAAGGGUUAAAGAACAGCAUGUUUGAGACAAUCUUGCUUGUAGUUAAUAAUGAUGACCUGGCGGGUUUCUAGUUCAAGUUAGGCACAAUGUUUUCUGUAAAGGUCAUAAAUGACUUACUGGGGUAAAUACAAUUCAGAAAAGGAAACUAGGCAAUAGCUUUUUUACACUCUUGGCAAAUAAUAUCUUAUUUUGGAUAAAGGGACUACUGAUCUUACCUAAAGUAUAAAGGGUUUACCCGCUGGUUAUGUCUUCAAGGUAACCUCAUCUGUUCUGUAUACAGUGUAUAGAUCCUUGUUCUGGUGUGUUCUGUGAAUCUUAUUUCAGUUAAAAUUAUUUUAAAAUCAUUUUUGUUGUUUGAUCUGCAUUACAGACAGCAUCUCAGGGAAUCAGCAACAGACUGAAUCAGCAACAGGCUGAAUCAGCAACAAACUGAAUCAGCAACAGACUGAAUCAGCAACAGGCUGAAUCAGCAAUCGGCUGAAUGCCAUCAAUGUCUGUAAUACAUUUGAUCCUUGGAUGUGAUUCUCUUUAAUCUUGUACCUCAGCCUCUCAAUGCUGAAAUUAUAAAUCCUGUGUAUAGACUGUAUAGCAAUAUGUAGUCUUUGACACAAAAUCCUUGUGUGUGUAUUAGAUUAGUUUUGAUAUUUCAAUCUAGUGUGGAUCACUGUUGUCACCUGACUGAUAAUAACCUAUAUAUUUUUAUACUAAAUAAUGUUUAAGCUACAAUGCUGCAGCCUUUUGCAAUCAAUUGCCACAUUCAUCUUGCAUGUAUAGUUCAAGUUUAGUUAUUAAUUGACUUAUUUAUUUUUCCAUCAUUGAAUGGCACUCAUGUCUAUACUGUUAAUUCAAUUUCAUGCACAAUCCUUUUGGGUAGGUCUUGCCCUAAAUGGUUUUCAUGGUAAUGUGCUUGCAUGGACACAUAUAGCUUUAAAUCGCUUUCUACACUGGAAAGGAGAACCCUGGACUUUAAUACUGUUGGUAGUUUUCAUACUAGUGAUUAUGUCCUUGUUGAUAUGUGCAUAUUUAUUAUUUAAUUUACCUGUUUAUUCUCAAACUGUGCUUUUUAAAUCACAUUUUAUACCUCGCACCUCUAUUUUCAUAUAAUAGUUGAUUAAAUCUGUCAAGAACUGACGUAA